AUGUCUAAGAUUUUCUCCGCCGCGCUUCUUGCCUCAUGUGCGGCCGCACAGCUGACCACCUCCAUCUGGAUGCCCGGCGCUGAUAGCGGUGGCGUUUCGCUCAAGGCCUCAGUUGUCAAAGUCGACAAGGAUCGAACCACCAUGUCCAUGGCACUGCCAACCGAGUCGGGCUCUAGCGAACUUGCAGAUAUCGCCCAAACAAUCACUGUCGCAGGCAACACUUACUACGGAUUCGAUGCAAACGCGGCCGACAUGGGUGCAUCUGUAUACAUUGUUGGCCAAUGCACACGCAAGGACACUUCUGAAAAGGUUGCAACCUGCACCAUCUCAACAAAGGGCCUUGACGCUGCUAUCAGCUCGUUUUGCGGGGGAGACGAUGCUGAUCCCGACGUGUGCAGUGGUGGCAGCGCUCUCGAAACCAGUAUGACCACUACCCUACCCGAAGGUUACGUUGGUAUGUUCCCCAUCGUCAUUACAGCUGGCGAGAACCUGCUUCCCAGUGCUUCUGCGGGUGGGUCGCCUUCUGCCACUGGUGCCUCUGCCACUGCUUCCUCUACUCCCUCUGGUUCCCAGGCUGUCAAGUCCGACAAGCCUACUGCUUCAGGCUCAAAGGACGCUUCUCCCACCUCCAAGUCAACAGAUUCUGCCGGUGCCGCGCCAAUCAUGACUAUGGUUCCUGCUUUGGCUGGUCUUGGUGCUGCUGCUGCCUUUUUCCUGUAA